AGAACAGGCUGCGCAGAAAGCUGCGCAGUUGUCCUUUUUUCAAUCAAUGAUGGACGCGAAUGUUUUGAUGGAGUCGAAGGACUAAGUAGCUCAUUUUGCUGACGGAACACCGCACAAAAAUCCCGGUUUAUGUGUUCUAAAAAACCCAGCUGCUCCAUCAGGCGAUGCAAUAUUUUGUGAAAUAAUCUGAGGAGGAUUUAAUUUGACAAAGCAAGAAGGGGUGAAUAAGCUAAUAUCGUUUGCUGCGGCGGCCUAGCUAACGAUAGCUAGCGCACUGAAGUUGGACAGUCAUUUCAUUUAACGAGCUCAUUGCGAAGCCCUCAGAUUUUGAAGAUACUACAGCUCCUCCUGGGAUGAUUUUAUUAUCUAUGUGGCUAAAUUAUUCAUAGAUUAUCGUACCUUUUUAAAUCGAAGUCAGCUCGUCGGAAAGCCAGUGUGAGUACGGGCUUCUCACGACCCAAUCGAGGGGGAAGCGGUUAUCCAUGUCCACGAGUUACUGCAGAGGAAUAAUCUUUAAUAACAACAUCAGCAAACAUGUCUUUAGUCGCCUAUGGCAGCAGUGAUGAUAGUGAUUCAGAAGAAACCUCGACCUCCGCCGCACCGGAGAGCAAAUUGAGCUCAGGGGGGCUCUUCUCACGUCUGCCUGCGCCUAAAAAGCCAAGCUCGGUAGGAGGAAACGAUGCACCAAGAAAGGAGACUAAAGCAAACCCUUCAACAGGGGACAGGACGUCAAACGAUGACCCAGUUCCUCAGCUGUCCAAGGGAGGCUUAUUUUCCAGCCUCCCUAAGCCGAGGAAGCGAACAGAGCCCGUGAGGAUCACCGUACCACAGAUCCAGAGACAAGACUCAGACUCGGAUGAUGAUGAACCAGCAAGGAAGAAACUACAACCUCAGGGUGCAGGUUCAGGUCUGUCCUCCCUCCUACCACAACCCAAAAACCUGACAGUGAAGGAGAUUGAUAGACCCCUGAUUCCUCAUGCACUCACAAAGCGCCAAGAGCCCAAAGGACCCAAACCCGGAGCGCCCGCCCAGGGUCUGCUUGGCUCCAGUGCGUCUCCCUCCGCUAUCAAAGCUGCAGCCAAGUCAGCCGCCCUGCAGCUGGCUAGACAAAUAGCCACAGACGACCAGGACAACGAGGAUGACAUAACCCCACAGAAUUACUUCUCUCUAGGCGAGAGCUCCCAGCCUCUCCCCGCAGUCGUCCCAAGCUUAGACCCUGAGCCAGGAGCCCCCGCCGAGCCUCUUCCUUUGGCAGCUGCUGAUGAGCCUGGCCAGUCAGAUGCUCCACUCGAUUUUGGGGGAGGCCACGAGGGAGCUGGUGCGUGGGGAGGUCAAUAUCCUCAGUAUCAGCAGCAAGUGGCAGGCCCAGAGGCUUUCCCUCAGGGAUACUAUAAUGAGCCAUACUACCAAGAUCCUAACGCUGGAUCAGCAGAGGCUGAAGAGCCUGGUCACUCUGCCAUGUUUGAUGAUGAAGCGUUCAUGCGGCUGCAGGGGAAAAGAAACAGGGGCAAAGAAGAGGUGAAGUUUCUGGAGAUUAAAGGGGACGACCAGCUGAGUGGCAACCAGCAGUGGAUGACCAAGAGCAUAACAGAGGAGAAACAAGUCCGUCAGUCUUUCAGCAAGAAAAAAGGAGAACAACCUACGGGACAACAGCGACGCAAGCACCAGAUCACAUAUCUCAUUCACCAGGCAAAGGAACGUGAGCUGGAGCUGAAGAACAGCUGGGCAGAUAACAAGCUAACCCGCCGGCAGACCCAGGCCAAAUAUGGUUUCUAAAUGUCAUAUUGUGUGGACUCUUGAUGGAAACCCUGCGUCAGAAAUUAGAAUAGCGCUUUCCAGAUUUCCGUACACAAAGAGAAAGAUUGCGUUUGGGAAGAAAAUACACAUAUUGUACCUUAAUACAGAUUUUUCCAUCCUGCCCUCCAUCCUGUAUUUGUGUUGAAUUGUUAAUAUUUAGUAGUUCUUUUGUUUGACAAGAUGUUGCUCCUCUAUUGAAAAUCCAGUCACAGUCGUUAAACUCUCCUUUUAAUAGUAGUUUACAGUAAAUAAAGUCACUUCACUUAUUUUCUAUAGAGGCAGUAUACCUAUCUUUAAGGUACCUUUGUCCACUCAGUGGCAGAUGUAGUGAGACCCUGAAAUGCCCCUCAUAAACGUUUUCCUUUGAAUGCUUCCUGAUCAUAUGGCAAACACUGAUGUAUGACUCCUCUUCUGUGAUAAAGACAGAUGACUCUGCCCUGAAACUAGUUACCAAAACAAACAGGUUUGGUUCUCCAAUGAUCACAAAUAUCAGUAAAAUGUUUCCGUUGCUAACGAGAAAUGAACUGGAGUCAUUAGACAGCUGUGACACAUUACAUAUUUAUAUGUUGAAUCAACAAUUUUUUAAUAAAAAAGUAAAGAUGUUGGAACACAAA